AUGUCCGCCAACGAUACCUCGGUUUUAGAUCCUCUGGAUGCAGUCGACUAUGAUCCCAUUGCGCAUCUGAACAGCAUCUUCUCCCACCCGUCCACACUUUCCUCGGUCUCGCAAACCUCUGAAGCCCUCCGGAAAUACGAAAAUGAAUUGGACACCGAUAUCGCACGGCUGGUAGAGGAACAGGUCACUUCCAAUGCGGAGAGUGUGCAACGUAUCCAGGCCGCCAAGGCGGACCUGUCGGAGCUGUUCAAGAAGAUAGACGAUGUGCGGGAACGUGCCUCUAGGACGGAGCAGUCCAUCACGGAUAUGACAGCGGAUAUAAAACAGCUGGAUAAUGCAAAGAAGAAUCUAACUGUUUCCAUGACGGCGCUGAAGCGGUUGCAGAUGUUGACGACUGCCUAUGAACAACUACGAGCAUUAGCGAAGACGCGGCAAUAUCGUGAUUGCGCGCAAUUACUUCAGGCGGUUAUCCAGCUCAUGGCGCACUUCAAGUCUUACAGGUCGAUAGAUCAGAUAGCCGCAUUGAGCAGGAAUGUGGCGGAUGUUCAACGAGAGCUUCUCGAACAGGUCUUUGAGGAUUUUGAGAUCACAUUUUCCAAAGGCGAAGUCGUACAGAGACGAGUGAUGCUCGCUGAAGCGUGUCUGGUUAUGGAUGCUUUGGGUGAUAAUUCGCGGUCGAGAUUGACAACAUGGUACUGUAAUACCCAACUUCGAGAAUAUCGACAAGUCUUCCGUGGUAAUGAGGAGGCCGGGUCUUUGGAUAAUAUAUCUCGGCGCUACUCUUGGUUCAAAAGGAUGAUGAAAACAUACGACGAAGAGCAUGCAAACAUCUUCCCGUCGUCAUGGAGGGUGAACGAAGUACUGGCGAAUGCUUUCUGUGAAUCUACCCGCGAUGACUUUAAGGGAAUAUUGUCAAGGUCUGUCCGGAGCGGGCAGACAAUAGAUGUCAACCUCUUGCUUUCAUGUCUGCAGGAAACUCUCGAUUUUGAGCAUUCACUGGAUCGGAGAUUCACACAGACAUCAAGAGCUUCCAUGGAUACGGUAGCAUCUUCCAUUGAAUCUCCUUUUACUAUACAGAGCAUAUCCGAAGCUUUCGAGCCAUAUCUGGGAGUGUGGGUUGAAGCACAAGACAAACAGUUGGCCAGCUUGCUGCCCAAAUAUCGACAACAGCCACUAAAGCGUGAGGACGAAGAUUUCCAUGCUCAGCUUGUCAUUUCGUCUUCUACAGAGCUAUUUACUUUCUACCGACAUUCACUUGCACAGUGUGCGAAGCUUUCUACGGGUAGCAGUUUGGCCGAAUUGUCUAAAGUUUUUGCAAAAUACCUGGACCAGUAUGCACAACAGGUACUUCUCCAUUACAUCAGUGAACGGGCGACGACUCAGACGCCAUCCAAAGUACCCUCAAUUGAAGAUCUUAUCUUGGUGCUGAACACGGCAGAUUAUUGUUAUACCACGAGUACCCAAUUAGAAGAGAAGAUCAAGGGACGUAUUGACGAGAAAUUUAGGAAUUCUGUUGACUUUGAAAGCCAAGCCGACGCUUUCAUGGGUAUCGCUAGCGCUGCUGUUCGGGGCCUUGUCCGCAAGCUUGAAGUUCAACUCGAGCCGUGUUGGCGUGAAAUGCGAAACUUCCCGUGGAACAAACUGGAGAAUGUUGGCGAUCAAAGUCCUUAUGUAGGAGAGCUACUUUCAAAGACCAAGACGCAGGCAGGAGAUAUCUUGCAGUCUCUUCACAAGCCACAGUAUGCAAGAGCGUUUGCCGAUAAUACCGUCGAGUUCAUAUCGAAUACCUUCAUCACCACCGUCUAUUCAUGUCGACCAGUAUCUGAAACUGGUGCUGAGCAGAUGUUGCUUGAUCUCUACACUCUGAAAAGUGGUUUAACAUCAUUACUUCCUUCUCCUGCGCCUCCCGGUUUCGUGAAGCGAGUCAACUCAAGCUUCACAAAAGUCGACUGUCUUCUGAAAACGGUUCAGGUCCGUCCUUCGCCACCCGAAGCCCUAGUCCAAGCGUACCUCAUUCACAUUGCGGACCGAAGCGAGCCCAACUUCCGUCGAGUCUUGGAGAUUAAGGGUAUACGAACCAAGCAAGACCAGAGCCAACUUGUGGAACUCUUCAACUUACACCGAGCCUCUGACCGCCACGCCCCUAAUCUACAGCAAAGUAACCCAUUGUUUGCGUUCUUACAGCCUUCAGCAUCAGCAUCAGGCCCUGGUGGGCCAGGUUCGACGGUCUCUCAGGGGCUAAGCAAUCUAGGCACAACUGCGGCUACAUCAAUCACCGGACCCGGUCGAUUUGACCCAUCCACCCUUGGCUCUGCUAUCAUAUCUGCUGCACGAGACGGCGUUGAACGAUUCCCACUUGGCUCCGCAGCUGGGAAUGUAUCAUCACAUACAGGCUCUGGCCCUACAUCUCCCGGACCGGAGGGACAACGUGUGACUCACGAUGGAUUUGAUAUUUCUACACCUUCGUCUGCAACUACGCAGUUGAAUGAGAAUCUGAAAAACAUCGGAAAGUUCUUCCGGCGUGACCUUGGAGGGUUUGGUGGGAGGUUUGGUCGUUCAGGCGAUGAUUCCAAUCGGUGA